AUGGCCACCCCUGGAGAAGGCAACCAACCCAAUGAUGAAGGGGCACCCCAGCCAGUGGUUCAGCUGCGGCAACUUGAGCCUCGGGUGGCCCGCAGACGCCUGUCCCAGGCCCGCCAUCGAGCCACCCUAACAGGGCUCUUCAACAACCUAAGGAAGACAGUUUACUCCCAAUCUGACCUCACAGCCUCAAAGUGGCAGGUACUGAAUAAGACGAAGAUUCAUAUUCAGGAACUGGAGCAAACCCUGGAUAAUUUGCUGAAGCUCAAAGGAUCCUUCAACCUGGAGGAUGGGAAUGCCAGCAGCCUAGAGGAGGUCAAGGAAGCAUAUGCCAAAAUGUACUCUGAGGAUGACAGCGUGCUCCUCAACAGUUUUCCUCAGAACAGCUCCCCGCCAUGGUGCCCCAAUGAGGCCGUUGGGAAGGAUGCUGAGGAGGAAGGAAAUGAUGAAGAGAGAGAGGAGGAAGGGAAACAGGAAGAGGAGGAAGGGGAUGAAGAGGAGAAAAAAGUCGAUCUCUCACACCCCUCUAGCACUCUAUUGCCUGACCUCCUGGAAUUUGAACGGUACCUCAACUUCUACAAGCAGACGAUGGACCUCCUGACCAUGAACAGCAUCAUCUCCCCACAGGAAGAGAUAAUCCCCAUCGUCUCCGCCGCCAUCUCCCACCUGUGGCAGACCCUCUCUGAGGAGAAGAAGGCCAGUCUCCUGCAGGUGUGGGAGCAGCAGAGUACCACCUUCUCAGACCUCGCAGAGGCCUGCCUAGAGCUGGCCUGUGCAGAGGACAGUGUGAAGGAUAGUGGGAUGGACAGCCAAGGAGCCAGCUGCUCACUGGACUCUACUCCGGAAGAGGUCCUUUUUGAAGAUGCUUUCGAUGUGGCAAGUUUUCUGGACAAGAAUGAGACUCAGCAUAUGUCUAACAUCAGCUCUGUGUUUGCCAACUGCAACCCAGAAAAUCUAGAGGAGAAAUUCCAGCUCUACGUGCAAAUCAUCGAGUUCUUCAAAGGCCUUUGCUGUGUUAACACUCCACUGAACCAGGAACCAGAUCCUCCAGUCGAUGAGGACAUGAUGCUGCUCAAGUGCCUGGAGACCUUUGACGACGAGGACCUGUAAUGCAGGAGAAGGGCUGGGAAGGAAGGGGUUGAACAAGUGUGCGGUUUUCAAGUUUCGUUGCUAGUAGCUAG